AUGUCUGCUACACCACCCGACUCACCAUAUGCUUCGCGAGAACAUUCACCAAAUCGAUCUCGUUCGCCGUCACCAUCGCGUUCUAGACGCGAUACACCAAAUCGAAACAAAAGUUUCGGUAUACUUGAACGCAUAUUAGAAGUAUUAUAUGAUAUUGUUCAAAAUGACUGUCGUUAUAAAGUUAUUACACCAAGGCCAUUUCGUCCACCUAAUGCUUUACAAUCAAUUGUACUUGAUAUUGCUCACUUAUUAGUAGAUCAAAACCCUUAUUCGCCGGGUUGGCUGUAUGAAUUGGGAAUGGCAAUAAUACCUGGGUUUAAUUUUUUUAAUGAUAUCUUACGUGCAAGGCUAUUAAUAUUUUAUACUGAUUUCUUAAUCCCACAUUUGAUGGCUUGUCAAAGGGAAUUUAUAAGUGAUGAUUUAACUUCUGCGUACCAUGGAAAGUCCAAUGGAAAGAUCACUAUGAAUGGCAGGUUUAAUUUAGCAGCACCAUCUCAUUCACCACGUUCGGAAAUUUUGUUAAAUUCUGAUGCCGAUAUAUUAGAUGAUGAACAUAGUUUUUAUCGUAGGCAGAGUGCGGCUAGAAAGUUAUCAAGAAGACUUUCUAUUUCAUAUACUGGAGAUCUUGACAUUGAUGCUUAUUAUAUUGAUUCAAUGUUUACUCCUUUAUUAUAUUCGAUUAUGCAAUUUAUUUCAGUUGAGAAUUCUUCUUUAGAAACUUUAUAUCAGAUGCAUCGAACUAUUGAAGUUAUGGUUCAAAAUAAGCCAGACCUCUAUAAUGAUGUUAUAGAAAUCAUUGCACAUGGUGAUACAAUUAGUCGUAAUCAGGCUGUAAAUAUUUUAUUUUACUUUUGGAGAAAUAGUACUGGACAUCUUUCAAUUGGAGAAGCUCUUCCAAGUGUGGGAUAUAUGCAUGAUUUGUUGGCUAAGGAGAAAAAAAAUGAUAUUCAAGCAAAUUCAAAGAGUGUUUCAAAAUCUGUUAUAAAAGAUGUUCAUAAUCAUCAAUUUUUGCCGCAUAUUUUUAUUGACAUUCAAGACAGCAAGGACAAUAAUCAUGCUUCUAUUACUGGUACAUCUAUAGCGGAUAUGCAUGGUCAAUUUAUACCUACUGAACAUCCACAUGCGUGUGUUCAAUGCUUUAAGCCGGUAUCUGAUUUUGGUUUAAGAUGUGGUGGCUGUAAACUAAAUGUUCAUUUUACAUGUUAUAAUUUAACUGAUGGAGGAUGUUUGGCAGAAUAUUUGUUUAAUUCAGGAGUACAAAAGUUAUCAACUCCAAGAUAUUGUGACAUAGCUCGUGGUUCCAGAGAAGUCAUAUGCAAUGAUACUUCGAAAAACAAUAAUUUUCAGACUGUUAUCAUUUCUGAGACUGUUGCCGGACACACUUUUCGCCUCGCAAAUUUUUUUACUUUGGUAUUAUGUAUAGUUUGUCGAAUGCCUUUAUGGGGUGUAAUGCAUCAGGGUUAUCGGUGUGAAACUUGCAAUAAAUUUAUACAUCUUCGAUGUAUGAAAUCAGGCGAAUUGAAAAAACAAUUCUCUUGUCAAUCUUCGCCCAUGAAUGAAAAUGACGCAUUGAUAGAACGCGAUAUGCUUUGUCUUAGUUUUAAAGCUUAUUACGAGAAUAUCUUGAUACCCGAAGAAAACCUUUCUAAUUAUAGCUUUGAAGAGUUAUCCAUAAUGAUGACAAUUUUACAAAUGCAAGAGAAUAUAUUGCGUAAUGGAAUUAUGGCUGGAUGUUUGAUUAUCAAACAAAAAUAUCAUAAUCCUCUUAGCCCAAUAACAGAACCAUUUGAACGGUUUAAUGAGUUGCAAGAAUUUCUUGAGCUUUAUAGAUCAUAUCUCGGAGGGAGAAAGGCAUCGUUAUCGGUAAUAUCAAGUGAAUAUUGGGAAGGCAUUGGUAAAGAACCUCCUUUAUGGUUAAUUUCUUGUGAGGAUUAUCUUGCACAUUUAGCAUCUAUUAUUAAAAGUUCGGAUGACUCGGAAUCUGAAUUUGUAGAUCGUCAUUUAAGCGUUUAUACUGCAGCUACAUUAACAGCGUCUUCACCGGAAUAUUCUUAUAAUUCUACAGGGAUUUUGACUAUAAAAGAAAUUAUGAAAUGGUUGCGAAAAAACCUUGGAUUUCAUAGUUCUUAUGCUUCGAAGAUGUUCUUGCAGCAAAUGGCUAACUAUGGAUUUUUGGAACGAAUUAAUGGGCAUCCCGUAUUAUUUAAUGAUGAAUCUGAAGGAAAGCAGUUGGGAUAUGAUGUCACAUUUCCUUUACCGUUUGUAAUUGAAUGUUCUCCAACGGUAGAGUCUUUAAUAACUGCAAUUAGUGCAUGCUUACUGGAUAUUAGCAUUUCAACAAACGAAUGUGGAUUAUUAUUGAUGACAAGACGUUGUUGGCCAGAUUCUUUUUCGUCAAGAUACGUAUUAGAAAGAUUAAUUUAUGCUGUAAUCAAAUGGGUAUGUGAUGAAGAUGAUAAGCUACUUAUAAUUGCACGUGAAUAUACUCCAUCUCAUCUCAAACUUCCUGGAGUUCGUGAUGAAAUGGAGGAUAAAAGGGGAGGUGCAAAUCAAAGAACAUCAUUAUUGAUAUCUAGUUCUGCUGGUGGUGGUGCUUAUAUCAUAUGUCGUAAAAUGUUGAGAGAAAAAUAUAUAAUGAACUGGAUGUCUGCAAUUCAUGAUAUGAAUCAGGGAUUGUUUUGUGAUAUCGUUUUUGACCAAAUAGAAAUGUUGGAUGAUAACAAAGAUGAAGAAGAUGUUGUAAAAGAAACCGAACUUCAAAGUCAUGAUCGUAUAUUAAAAUUUAUGAUUAGAUUAUGGCAUGCCGGGCUACUUUUUUCUGCAGUUAAUGAUAUGAUUGCACGGUGGUUAGAUGACGCUUAUCAUAUAAUGAAACAUCAAUCCAAUAUUUUUGUGGAAUUGAAAACCUUAUAUAAAACCUUUAACGUGUCAAAAUCAUCAAUGCAGCGAUAUAGUACUACGGAUCAAAUGCUUUCAAACGAAAAUUACGGCGAGAUAACAGAUCCCAUUGUUUUAUUAACACAGCUUUUCAAAGGAGAUGCCGUUGAAUUAACUCGAGCAUUGCAGUGGAUGGAAGUGAUGGUUCGUUCCGGUGUUGGCCUUCCAGGUUCGAUGUUUUCUGAUUUCCUUCCAUAUUUGGCAAAUCUUACGCCAUCGAUCGAACAGUACGUUACAUUUAUGGAGGUUAUGUGGUAUCAAGUUAUGAACGGCCUUGGGCAGCUUCUUGUACGAAGUAACAUUCAAAAAAUUAUUUUGGACGUUAAUGAAUUGGCUUUUGAAAUGGUCCAAAAAAUAAACGAAGAGGGAUACGGUACAGAAAUUGCUAGUGCGAGAUCUUUUAUCAAAGUUACACUUGCAUUGUCUUUAUAUUCUUAUAGCUGCCCAUUAGAAAUGAUAUAUAACAUCGGAAUAUUUGAUUCGCUACCCGAAAAGCCAAUUAGUUUAAGUCAACAUAAAAGGUUAUCUAAUCUUAAGGACUCAACUCCUGGAUCAAAUAUUACUGCCGAUAAUCCUUUAAUGUUAUGCUUGUUGAAGUACGCUAGAUUAGAAAAGCUAGAAGUUCGCGGAGAUAUAGUGAAAGGAUUUUGGAGAUUUUAUACUUCGGCAGGUCUAAUAUUCAAUAAAAAUGAAUUUAUUAAUAGUUGUAUUCCUAAACUUCUUCCAAGUGUAUGGGAGGAACUGUCUCCAUUAUAUGACCUAUCAUCAGACAUGACUUUGCAACUAUUGAUGAGAAUUGUUUGGGCAGAUUCUGGAUUCUUUCUUGCUUCAGUCAGUAAAGUAUUCGAACAUUCUAGUUGGGAAGUUAGAUUCGAUGGUCUUGAUAACUUGUAUGGGCUGUUUUCUAAGUUGGAAGAAAGACAUGAAAUACAAAGAGCCGGAGUUUUCACUUAUUUAGGACCAAUAUUUAGUUACUUUGUUGGAUGUUUAUGGGAUGAGGAGGAAUUUGUUAGGACAAAGGCGAUAAGUUGUAUAAAGUCAAUGCAACCGCGACACGUGCGUCUAGCUUUAAAAUGUUGGGAAGGAUAUUUUUAUAUAGCAAGUAUUCAUGCUUUAACUCAAGAAAAUGAUGAAGCUGAACAAGUUUCCACUGUUGAUAUUUUGGAAAGUUAUAUGAGACCAGAUAGUAUUUUGGUUAUAGGAUCGAAACAACAAGCUCAAGAUGCUGGAAAUUCUACUCCAGGACAAAGAGUUGCUGAAUUACAAAAUUUGAAAGUUAUAAUGCUAACGCUUGCCCUGCAGAUGUUAGCAAAUGGCAUUGAAAUGACUCAAGAUCAAAUAAAUAGAUUAAAAUAUUUGGUGUUAAUUCAUUUAGGGUUUAAAAAUGCUAAAUUGGAAUUUGUUAAUGGAAAGCUAGAUAUAACCUCGAUUGGAGAUUUUGAAUAUAUUCCCGAUGAUUUUACACAAAAUAUGAUGAUGAUAUCAUGUUUAGGAAAUCUUAAGAGAGUAUUGGAUGCACCAAUUUAUUUAAAGCCAUCAAAUAAUGCCGAACCAGAACAAGAAGAAGAAUUAGCAGGAGGGUAUUUUGUAGAUGUCGUGUUAGAGUUAUUUAAUUCUUCAGUGGAUAUGUCAACUUUAAGUCAUCUUAUGCUUAAAAGUUGGAUUGAAUUAUUACUUAUAAUUGUUUAUAAGCAUAAGAUUGAGGAGAAACAUAAUAAUCAAUUAGAAGAACGUUUAGUGAGUGCUAUGAGGAAAGCUUCUGAAUUACUAUCAAAAGAUAUUACGGAAGAAAAUAAACAACUUAUUAUAGAGGUUUCCACCACCUUAUUAAGAAGAGCUCCAAUGCUAACGGUGAACAUUUUAGGAAAAUAUAUUAUUACAUUGGGAAAGUUAUUGACAAAACUAGAAAAUAACUCAUCAAGUUCUUUAGUUAUGAGUGCAAAGAUAUUUUUACGAACUGCCUUUUUAAGUUUUGCAAGGAACGGAUUGUUUGUUUUAAUUUUUAAGAAUCAAAGCGUUGCCGAUGAAACUAAUACUGAACUUGAUAUGUUUCGAGUAUUACGUGAGAUAAUAAAGGAUGAAGUUAUUCCGUCAGAAGAUGAAAAUGCUGAACCAGACUAUCUUCGUGUCGAGCCAAUAAGAGACGUGAUGAAUCAAUUAUUUAAAUUUACAAAUAGUAAAAUUGUCUCGACCGUCUUGUAUAACUUGAAUAGAUACGUUGAAUUGGAUAACCCGCUUUAUGCAAAGCAUUUGAUUCAUCCUGUAAGGAACUUUUUGAAACACGUAAUUAAUAAAUGUGGACCUAAGAUAGAAUCAUUUGUAAAAGUUUUGGCAGCUUAUAAUGCAAUAAUUGAAGUCUCCCCAUCUGGUACUAUAAAUGUUUUUGGUGAAGUGAUACUUGAUGAAAUAAAGGCAUUUUAUAAGGGAGCCAGAAACAGAUUGAAUCGAGAUACUUUAGUAAUAUUAUUACAGCUUGUAUUAUGGGAUAUGCAACCAUCGGCACAUUUAUGGUUUAAAAAUAUUGAACAAAGAAUUAAACUAAAUUUUACAAAUCAACCACGCAAACCUUUUUUUUCAAAUGUUUCGGAAUUUUUAUUCGAAGAUUGUAUAACUUUCUUAGAAAAUCCUCCUAUAAUAAAACAAUAUUCGAAACAAGAUUUUAAAGUCGGAGUAUGUGCAAGUCAAUUAGCCGUUGCCAUGAGUAGUCAAAAAUAUGAAUUAUUGAAGAAGGUAUUUUUAUGGCAAAAGCCAACGGACUCGAGACGUACAAUUAGAUUAUUGAAUUGGAUUUUUUUGGGAAUUUUAAAAGCGGAUUCUUCAGAAGGAUUAAUUACAAUAAUAUACGAUUUUCAAGAUAAUAUUUCAGAUUUAUUGUCAAUUGCACUUAAAUCGCCAUUGAACGAUUUUGAAGCAGGGGAUGUAAAUUAUUUAUAUACACCAUCAGGAGAAUUGGCUUAUCAAUCAUUUGUUUUAGUAAAAAUUUGGACGAUUCUUUGUUUACAAAAUUCUGAACCAAAAGAGAAAAGCAAAGUCAGCGAAGCACCUAGAGCACAUCAAAGGUUAGGUACUAAUUUAACUAUGACUGAAAGAAGGUUUUGGAACUUUAUUUGGCCCAAUAUUAGAAAACAAUUGAUUAGUGUUAUUGACGAGAAUAAUAUUCUGCCUAACGGAAUUCCUUAUUGGGAGAUGUUUAUGGACUUGAUAACAUUUCUUCAUUUAAUCGGUAGUGAUAUUGUUAUGUUAUAUUCUCAGGAAUGGUGUACGCUUUUAGAUAGUCUCAUUAAUGAGAAUGAAGAAGAGAACAGGGAAUUUCACCAUAAAAUCAAACAAGCAAGAUCAAUGUUUGAUGACCCACCGUUAAUGAUGCAACAAGAGAUGUAG